AUGGCCACCUCUCUCCGUUCCAUCAAGUCUCUUGCUCCUCUCCUCGACCGUAUCUUGGUCCAGCGCGUCAAGGCCGAGGCCAAGACCGCCUCAGGAAUCUUCCUCCCCGAGUCCACCGUCGAGAAACUCUCUGAGGCUAAGGUCCUCGCUGUCGGCCCUGGUGGCUUCGACAAGGACGGAAAGAGACUCGAGGUCUCAGUUAAGCCUGGUGACCGUGUCUUGAUUCCCCAGUACGGUGGAAGCCCAGUCAAGGUCGGAGAUGAGGAGUUCGCCCUCUUCAGAGAUCAUGAGCUUUUGGCCAAGAUCAACGAAUAA